AAAUGAAUGAUGAUGGCGAUGGAAUAUCUCUUGGUGCUGAUUUGACAGGAAUGGGCAGAGAAGUUGAAAAUCUCAUUCGUGAAAACACUGAAUUGCUUGAAACUAAAAAUGCUUUAAAUAUUGUAAAGAAUGAUUUGAUUGCAAGAUUGGAUCAACUUAGCAGUGAACACGCAGUCUACAGAGAGGAAGCACGAAGUCUUGAACUAGUCAAAAUAAAAUUAAUUGAACGUAUAAGAGGAUUGGAAGAUGAAUUGAAAGAAUUAAAAGAAGCAAAAAAUCAAACAGAAACGCCAGAGGAAGACAAAGCCCAAGGGCGGCGAUUUACUCGUCUUGAAAUGGCUAGAGUUUUGAUGGAAAGAAAUCAAUACAAAGAAAAUUUCUUUGAACUUCAAGAAGCUGUUAAAUUUACAGAAUUGCAAAGAGCGAGACGGACUACGUCUUCUAAUAAUCAAAAUAAAUCAAUUAUUUGGAGCUUUUUCUCCAAUCUUCUCGGUGACAGCACAUCAACUAGUCAUAUAGGACAAAAUGUGAAAAAAUCCCAAACUAAAAAGAAUAUUCCAUCAUCUCCAUUAACUCAAAGGAAAGCACGUUCUGGAGGGGAUAAAGAAGACAAAACAAAUCAAGACAGAUUUAAUGCUGAAAGGCGACAGCAUUACCACGAAGUUAGUCAACAUAUGAAACAAGAAGACUUUCCAACGGCUUAUGGUUGGUCUAUACCCUCAACUAAAGCAGCGGCACAAAAUUUAUCAAUUCCAGUUCCAGUCAAUUGUCGACCAUUAAUUGAAAAUGCUUCACCUUCACUUAAAAUUUGUUGUGCUGCUUCUUGUUCCCUUCAUGGAGGAUUAAGUAAUGGUGAAUAUAUUGUUGGCGAUCCAAUACUUGGCUGUGAUCCUUAUUUAUUUUUAAAAAACAAUUUUCAACGGAGUAACAAUGAAAAUGGGGGGAGAAAAUCUGUAAGAGAACUCUUCAAUCUUUUCAAAAAAUUUUUCAGAUUGGCGAAAUCAAAAAAUUAA